AUGCGCCCAUCAGAAAUCGCACUCGAGCCCCCCUCCGCCGAUGUUCCUUCCCCCUCCGCCUUCCUUCCCCCCAUGAGCCCCGAAUCCAUCCCUCUCGGCCUUUCCUCCCUCCGCUCGCUCUCCGCGCUUUCCGCCACCCCACUCUGGCCUCCUCCGCCAAUUGCGGAAUGGCCUCGGGCCGCCGUGGAUCACGGCCCGCGAAUCGCGGCCGCGGCAGUUGAUGUCGCAGAUAGGCUGCUGUCUACAGUGCCACCUCUGCUGACGCAGGCGCUGACGUCAGCGGCGGGAGGGGUGCAUCGGUACCUGCAGCGGUUCAGCGUGUAUGUGAUUAUAGCGAAUGCGGCUCGGCCCGUGCUGAGGCCUGCUGUGGAUAAAGCGCAAGAGGUGCUCGAUAAGACAACCACCAUGCCAAUCCGUCUGCUAUGGCUGUGUGUGGCACCGCCAUCGACCGCUUCAAAUCCCACCCGCCAUGAUAUGGCCUCUGCUGCUGCUGCUGCUGGUGGCAGGCAUCGCAUGCAUGCACGCUGCCCUCGCUGCUCUCCACGUCCCACGACCCCGCCUACUGCCCUGCCUCGCGCGUCGCCCUCACCCCGCCGCAUCCCUGCCACCCACAAAAUUUCACCUCCCUUCCUCCCCAUCCCAACCUCUCCCGCACUCUCCCUCCGCCACCCCACCUUGCCCCUCCAGAUACCCCCUAUGAGCACCAUCCCGGGGCGCCUGGUAUGGCUGGCGGUGCUGCUGCUGCUGGCGUGGGCGGCAUGCACGCUGCCGUCGCUGCUGUCCACCCUGCACGACCCCCAGUACUACUCCGCCUCGCCCUUCCCCCGCCGCAUCCCCGUUCUGGGCGAUGGCGGCUCGGCUCCUGUCUUCUCCAAUGCUGGCUUCAAUGUCGAGGCUGCUGCCAACUCUCUCUCUUUCCUCUAUCGAUUCCCUCUUCGCUCAUCUCCCUUCAAUCCCUCUCUGUUCCGCUUUCUUUCUUUCUCCCCUCCGCCAUCCAUUUCCCCUUCCCUGCCUGCAUUCCCCCUUUCCUUCCCCCUCCAUUUCCUCCCCUCCAAUGCUGGCAGGAUGUGGGAGGCGAAGGUGGGCUGUGCGCGCUUCAGGUGGAAGCACAGGGACCUGCUCAAGAAGUACUCUUACUCCUCCGCCUUCCCCAAAAGCUCCAGUCUUCAGGACCCCAACAGGGUGGCGUGUCGGCGAAUGCAGCUGCGCCACAUCACCAUCCUGCUGCCACCUGGCGCUGAGUCAUGGAUGUGGCCGCACAAGCUGGAGGGCUUCUACCACUGCCCCCGCUGCGGCAUCACCUGCCAGAUCUCGUGGUCGCCCCUCAUGGCCCUCCAGGCAGACGCCACGCUGCAUGUCUGGCCCGCAGACCCACCUGCCGACAGAUCGAGAGGGCAGCCCCUACGAGUGUACCUGAACCUGGAGUCGUGGGGGCUGCUGGAGAAGCGCCGCCUCUUCGACGUGGGCGUGUCGCCCUUCGCCAGCAGCGACGUGCAGCUCACCUACUCAGGCGUGCACCACACGCUGGAGACCGGCAGAAGGCAGUUCUUCUCCAAGAUCAAGCGCCAGGACGUGCCUCUAUACCGUGCAUCCUCCCACUGCCAGUACGAGUGGCGGGAGGGGCUGGUGAGGGACGUGUUCGCCCUGGUGCCUCACCACAGCUUUGGGCACUGCGACAACAACAUGAACGGCAGCGAUGCUGAGCUGCUGCUCUACCCUGCAUGCUCCCACCCAAUGAGAAGCAUUCAGAAGACGGAAAUCACAGCGUGCGCCUUGUCACCCCCACGCCCCCUCCCAUCCCCCUUUUCUCCUCCCCCAUGUGAACUCAUCCCUUUCCCCUCCUCCUUCUCCCCACCCCCCAGGGUGAUAAGCGUACUGAAGCAGGAGAUAUCAGCAUGCGCCAUGUCGCACUACAAGUUCAUCCUCAGCACCGAGAACACACGUGUGCCGGGCUACGUCACAGAGAAGGCCCUCGAGCCCCUGGAGGCGGGCACAGUGCCCGUGUAUUAUGGUGCACCUGACAUCCGCAGCUUCAUGCCGCCCGAAUCAUUCAUUGAUGGAUCCAAGUACACGGCUGCACAGCUCGCCACACUCAUCACUGCGCUCAAUAAUGACCCAGGUGUGUUGUUUCGGUUGAUUCAGAGUUUUUCAGGUUGCCUCUCUGGAGCAACUGGAGCCUUUGGAGAGGCCCUGGAGGCGGGCACAGUGCCCAUGUACUAUGGGGCGCCUGACAUCCACAGCUUCAUGCCGCCUGAUUCGUUCAUCGACGGCUCUAACUACACGGCCGCCCGGCUCGCCACACUGAUUGCUGCGCUGAAUAACGACCCACGUGUCAGAAUGUUCCAGCUUCUCAGCACAGUGCCCGUGUACCAGAGCGUGCCCGUGUACCAGAGCGUGCCCGACAUCCACCAGUUCAUGCCGCCUGAGUCGUUCAUUGAUGACUCCAAGUACACGGCCGCACUGCUCACCACACUCAUCACUGCGCUCUCAACAAUGACCCAGGUGCAUAGUUGUCUCGACAUUCUCUUUUGA